AUUCCGAUUCAGCUGGAAGGCGAGGUUACGCCCCCCUCAUUGCAGCUGCAUCAGCCGACAACACAGGAGUGGUGUGAGUGGAUCUCGGAUUCACGCAAAAACCGGCACGAUGGCCCUGCCGAAUCUAUUUAGUGGUCUUUUAUGCCGUGCGUCGUGGGCGGCGCCGAGCGUUUUCGGACACUUUCGACCCUUGUUGAGCGGCGUGCCCAGCGCGAACAUUUCGACAACGAGCGUGCUGGCCAACAUCCGGUGUCAUUUUCCGCGUCCCAGUGAAAUCAAGAGGGUGCGAAGACACGGCUGGAAGAAGCGCAUGUCAACCCUGGCCGGCCGGAAGAUUAUUAUGAAUAGGAUUCUCAAGGGACGUUUCGUACUUAGCCACUAAACUUCAUCACAAUAGUGAAGGUUGCUGAGGUAUCUACUGCUAGUGCAUUUCAAGUGUUUUUUCUAUUAAAUAAAACACGUGCAUUGUAA